UAUUCUUUGACCAUCGUCAUCGGGAUUUGAUGUAUACCAUGACUCGCCUUCUGCAAGUUCUUAGAGGGCGUUCCUUAUAAGUUAACCCGCCAUCGGCCUAGAAUUUCUAAUCGGAUGUACUAUAUAUUUCCUUGUUUACUGAUAUAACAAGCUACAUCGCAUGGACUUUCUAAGAAUGGAUAGAGCAAGUGCUCUUCCCCAGGUUGUACCCACCCAUCUCGCAUCCAUCGAUCUAUGAAGCUAACCAAUCAUCUACUUCUUAUUUGUCUUCACUGUCGCUGCUUGAUAUAAACAUCUCAGUUCAUUCAUAUUCAUUUGUUCAUCGAAGGGCGCAGUAUAACUUCUUAAAGUGGGUUUUGAUCAUAAGUUACAAGUCUCAGUCGUGACUCAUGCUCCGAUGAGAACCCCUAUAAAAAGGGGCUUGUAUUGAAAGAGACGUCGUUGUUGAUCUCGAGACUAUCAGCACAUUCAUCGGCUAGAUAUCUUUGAUGAGGACUAGCGUUUUCUCAUAUUUUAUCCAAAGUCAUAACCAGACAACCUCACCGGUUGAGAAGGGAAUUUCAAAUAAUUCAAGAUGCCUUCCGUCGACCUAGAAUAUCCCAAGCAACCUUACAGCAAGGUCAACCGAUAUGACUCACGAGCAUCCUACGCCCUGGAGACCAUCCACCAGAUCGUCAACACGUGCCCCAUCCUCCACGUCUCCUUCACAGUCCCCAACUCCCCCUUUCCCACGAUCCUGCCCAUGAUAGGGCAGAUGGGCUCGUUCGCGCGCCCCAGCGCCGACACGGGCGACGUGCUGGAGCUGUACCUCCACGGCUACGUGUCCUCGCGCAUCAUGAACCUCACGCGGAAGGCCGACGGCAACAGUGGCGAGGACAAGAAGGAGGGGGACGAGGAGGGCCUGCCGCUGUGCGUCGCGGCCAGCCACGUAGACGGCUUCGUGCUCUCGCUCACGCCCAACUCGCACAGCUACAACUACCGCUCUGCGGUGCUGUUCGGGCACGCGACGCUCGUCAGCGACCCCGAGGAAAAGGAAUACGUCAUGCGGCUCAUCACCGACGCCGUCGUGCGCGACCGGUACCGGCACACCCGCGUCCCGCCCAACGGCGCCGAGAUGCAGAGCACGAGCGUGCUGCGCGUCAAGAUCGCGGCCGGGAGCGCGAAGAUUCGGUCCGGGCUACCGAAGGACGAUAAGGCGGACUUGGAGAACGGGGAGUUGUUGGAUAAGGUGUGGACCGGCGUACUGCCGAUUCAUUAUACGAUUGGUGAGCCGGUUCCCGGGGAGUAUAAUAGGGUUGAGGAGGUCCCGGGAUAUUUGCGGGAGUUUAGGGAGGAGUUUAAUCGCGAUGCGAGGGAGAGUGCGAGGGAGGCGGCGACGGUGGUUAGGAAGGGGGCUAAGUCGAAGUUUGAUGAUUGAAUAUUUGGUGACGUGAUGGUUUUGACGUUGACUGGGUAGGUAUUUAUGGUAUCUGGUUGAUGAUAUACAGUCUUCGAUAGCAAGCUUAUUGCAUUAUAAUUGUAACAUUGGCAUAGUAGCUUGAUUUGUUUCCCGCUCCG